AUGGGGUGCGCAGCGUCGCACGCGAGAGGUUCUGACACACCACCGCCACCACGGCUGGGAUCGUCGCGAUCAGGUGACGCGUGCUGGAGGUUCGCUGCCGUGGCAGACCCGCGGUCGCCGUACCCGGUGCGCAAGUCCGCGGAGGCGGGCGGCGGAGUGUGCGAGUACAGCUACCAGGAGGUGCACGCCGCCACGGGCGGGUUCCAGCACGAGGUGGGGCGCGGCGGGUUCGGCGUGGUGUACCACGGGUACCUCGCGGAGCCGCCCGGCGCGCACCCCGGCGGCAAGGGCGGGGGCGUGUGGGGCGUGGCGGUGAAGCUGAUGAGCGGCGAGCACAUCGCCAACGGCAUCGACAGCUUCAUGACGGAGGUGGCGGUGAUGGCUCGGGUGCACCAUCCCAACAUCCUACGCCUGGAGGGGUACGUGGUGGGCGCCACGCCCAUCCACAUCUACGACUACAUCCCCAAUGGGGACGCCGCCUCCUACCUCGCCAAAGCGACGAGUGGAGAGGUGCAGUUCACAUGGAGGGACCGGCUGAGGGUGGCGCUGGGGUGUGCGGAGGCGCUGACAGCCAUCCAUGCCAACGGCUUUGUGCACCGCGACUUCAAGGCGUCCAACGUGCUGCUCAGGGAGGACCUGACGGCAGUGGUGGCGGACUUUGGGUUGGCGCGAGCAGUGGACGACUGGAAGACACACGUGGAGACGAGGGUGAUGGGGUCCGUGGGGUACAUCGACCCCAUCUACUUCGAAUCAGGCAACCUGAGUAAGAAGUCGGACACGUAUGCGUUUGGGAUCUUCUUCCUGGAGCUCAUCUCGGGCACAUCUGCCCUGGACAGCAACUUCAAGGAGCUUCGGCGCCUCGUGACCGGGAAUGACUACCCAGACGCCGCUCUUGUGAUGGACCCGCACCUGGCGGGGCAGUGGCACCUGAAGCACGUGCUCGUGGCCUUCACACUCAUCAACCAGUUCUUCCACCCUUUCCUUGACCCAACCCCUGCCGCGCGUGCGUCGGGUGGUCGCUCCUCCAGCUCGCCUGCAGCGGCGCCUUCUUCGCGCGAGGUCAGCCGCGCUGCCCUCUAUGCCGUCAUUCUCUCCCACACGCUCUCCUCGCCCCUCCCUGUCAACUCUUUUCUAUACAUUGUUUCACCGUCUGAUGUCGUGUCGUCUCCUUACGUCCUGCUCGUUUGGUGCGCUGCGCCGCGCGCUGCAGAUUUUCGCAAGCGGCUGCGCGAGAAGUACAUGCUGCCGCAGCGGCCGUUCAGCGACUUCUGGAUGCACUGCCUGUGCGCGUGCUGCGCCAUCGCGCAGGAGCACCGCGAACUGCGCAACCGCGGAUGGGACCCCGCGCUAGGCUAUGCGGGCAACGUGCGCAAGUUCCAAGCGUGCUCUCCGCCCCCACAGAUGGAGAUGCUCGCCGACCAGUAG